CAUAAUUUAGUUAUUUAAUUUCAUUCUCAGUAUUUUAUUGAUUUUUGGUUUUGGUUUUAUAGUUUGAUUGCAGUUUCUUUGUUGCUUAAUUAUUUAUUUUGAUUUUCAAUUUUCAUCAUGGAUCAGUCUUUUUGUACGAUCGUUUUUAACUCAAGUAUACUAGAGUUCGAAUUUUGUAACUGUGUGAAAAAGCUAAUCGGAAGUCGAAUUUUAUUUUUGGUGAUAAAUAAUCGGAAGUCAAAUUAAUAAUGAUUUUGCGGACCGAAAUGUUUCUGCUUUUUAACUUUUCCGCCGGUUCUGUCGGCAUGAUUUUGUUAAUAUUCAUUAUGAUUUUUCUUUUGGAUAGCAUGUACUUUGAUUACACUUUACUUCAUGUUUCAAUGGAAACACAGUUGAAAAUUUGUUGUUGUUGUUAUACUGUUAUUAUUGAUCUGAUCGUUUUAUUUUCAGUUUUGAUGAAAAUCUAUAACAAGUUGCUGAUUGUUUCCUUGCAUUGAUUGAUUCUAGGAAAGAUCAGAGUCAUAAACAGCCACAUCAUCAAGAUAUGCCACCUGAUUCUAGCUCUUCCAGUGGUGGGGUCGGAGACAAAGAUUCGUUCUCGUUUAAAUUUGGAUGGAAAUCUUCUAAACAACCGGUUGGAACUCCGAUUAAGAAGUUAUUAGCUGAAGAGAUGUCACCAAUGACUGAAUCCAAGAGAAGAUCCCCAGGUGUUAUAGCCAGAUUGAUGGGUCUUGACGGGCUUCCUUCCCAGCAUCAUGUUAAUAAGCAACACAUGGAUCUGCAUAACUCAGUGGCUUUGGAGAAAACUCGAAGCAGAGGAACGCCAAAUGAAGGCCGGUCCUCUAGGAGAAGCUCAAGGGAUCAGGAGGAAUUUAAGGAUGUAUUUGAGGUCUCAGAGAUCCCGAAGGUAGAGAGUGGUAGGUAUUCGUCUUCAGACUUGAAGGGUCAUGAAGAUGAAGAUGAAAUGUCAUUCAUUGAGCAGAAGUUCAUGGAUGCCAAACGCCUUGCAACUUAUCAGGAUUAUCAGUCUUCAAAGGAAUUCCAUGAGACACUUGAGGUUUUGGACUCAAACAAGGAUCUUCUGCUGAAAUACCUCAAGCAGCCAGAUUCUUUGUUUAAAAAGCAUUUGAAUGAUCUACAAGCUACACCUUUUCAAUCACAUUCCGGUCAUGUAGAACCAUCCAAUAUGGAGAACUUUGAACAUGGUUUAAAUUGGAGGUUAGAUAAGGAGGCACAACAUGUGAAUUACAAUAGGUUUCAUCAGAAGCACUCUGAUGAUUAUCACAACCAGUUUGACAAAAGGCGUGUGAUGCAGAAUUCACCAAGAUCAUCAAAGCACCGGUUUAAGGGUAGCCGUGAACAAUCUGCAGUCCCAACAAAGAUUGUUGUCCUAAAACCGAAUAUUGGAAAACUACAGAAUGGUACCAAAAUUCAAUCAUCACCUUGUUCUCCGCAUAACUUUCUGUCAGAACAUGGAAAUCAAGUUGAAUUUUCAGAUGUCAGAUUUAGAGAUACUGAACUGUAUCAAAAAAUUAAUUUGCCCGACAGUUCCAGGUCUUUUAGGCACAAUUCUUUAGAAUCUACAGAAAUUGCAAAAGAAGUAACUAGGCAAAUGAAAAACAGUCUGACCAGAGGUUGUAUGAUGUCUUCCUCUUCAAGAUUUAAAGGAUGCACUAGAAGCGAUAGUUCAAGCAGUGCUUCUGGGAACGAAUCUCCAGAGGAAAUAAAAGCAACUAUGGGUGACCCAUUUGACUUAAGUAAACGUAGCAGGCGGUCAUCGCGUUCUAGCGAAUCAUCUGUCAGUAGAGAGGCAAAAAAGAGAUUAUCAGAGAGGUGGAAGAUGGCACACAAAUCUCAAGAGGUGCAAGGCUCGAGCAGGAGCAGCACGCUGGCUGAUAUGCUAGCAUUCCCCGGUAAGAAAAUGAAGGGUACACGGUUCGACAGCAUGUCAAGUGGAGGAGGUUUCUAUGAUAAGUUUACUCGCCAUGGUGAACCUUCUGGAUUGGUUGAACCACUGGGUAUCAGCAGCAAGGAUGGUUGGAGGGAUGCAUGUAUUGGAAGUCUGUCGAGGUCGAAAUCUCUUCCUGCUUCAUCUACUGUUUUUGGAAAUGCUAGAACAUUUGUGUGUGCUGAAGCCCUUCGUAAUGAUCGAUAUAUGGGGCCAAAGGACCUUAAACGGGAGAGAAGAAGAGCUACAAUGAGUCUUGAUCAUAGACAUGGUUUGAAUUCUGGAAGCACAAUAUCUGGUCACAAGAAGUCUUGGUCUUUGCUUUCAUCGAAGCAGGAAAUUAACGAGUUCUCUCCAGACUUAAAUGCAGUUCAAAAUAACAUAAUGAUCAAUCUUGAACAAUAUUCACCCAAUCUAGAAGUUCAUUCUUCUGAAACCUUUGGCCAACGCCUUAGAAAUACAAGUGUUGUUAGUGAUGAUGUCGUGGAUGUAGCAAACGGAAACACAGUUGAGCCUUUUGAACCUUCUUCGGAUAAGGCGCUUACUGGAACAUCGUCAUGUGUCUUAAUAAAAGGAGACAGUAGUGUUGUUGAAGACAAUUCAAUGCAAGAGGAAGUAUCAGCUGGUUCUACUGGUGGAAUUUCAGUCCUCUCUGAAGCACCUGCACCUGGACUUGAAUCUCCAUGCUGUAAAGAUGCUGAUCAGCCCAGUCCAAUCUCAGUUCUAGAUCCUUCUUUUACAGAUGACGUGUCAUCUUCUUCUGAAUGUUUUGGAAGUGUCAGUGCUGACCUACAAGGGCUUAGAAUGCAACUCCAGUUGCUGAAGUUGGAAUCUGAAGAACAUGUGGAGGGACCUAUGCAAAUUUCAAGUGAUGAAGAUGGCCUGGAAGCAUCUGCUGAAAUGUUAGAAGAAAAUGCAUUAUGGAAAACCGAAGAUAGCUGGGAGUCUUCUUACAUUACUGAUGUCUUGUCUGAAUCUGCUAUCGUCAAGGCUCAAACUCAACAUAUUUUGGAAGUUUGGCAUUCUCUAGAAUGCCCUGUGAGUCUGUCUGUGUUUGAAGAGCUUGAAGAGAGGUACAGUGAUUGGACUAUUUGUUCAAGGUCUGAAAGGAGAUUGCUUUUCGACCGCAUCAAUUCAGGAAUUGUCAAGAUUCAUGAGCAAUCUACUGACCCACAACCAUGGGUGGUGGGUAAUGCAGGCAAAACUUUUGGAUCAAAAAGGAUUAAUGGGCUCCAAGAUGGUAUUUUCCAGAUGCUAGGGAGCCAAGGAAAGGUAGAAGAUGAUGAUGUCCUGAGUAAGUUGCUGAUUGUGGAAUCUCAAUGGUUGAACUUGAGAGAUGACAUUGAUGUAAUAGGAAGAGAAGUUGAGAUAUUGAUAUUAGAUGAUUUAGUGGCAGAAAUAGUUGGUAUCUAGAAAUUUUGUACCCUGAGAGCAUAGUUGUCCUUAGAAUGCUUCCUAGUGAUGUAAAUCAAGUAGGGCAAUAGUAAUUUCAUCUAAAGAUGAAUAAAUGGAUAAUAAUAUUUUUAUUUGGACAAA